AUGGAAAAAGUGCUAGUCACAGGCGGUACUGGGUUCCUGGGCUCAGCGAUCGUCAAAGCACUGCUAGAGACGAAGAAAUACGAUGUCACGGCCCUAGACAUCAACCCGCCGUCAUUGGGCACAGCGUCGUACCUGGAUGUCAAUUAUGUCCGUGCCAGCGUUUUAGACGUUGGAAGUAUCAGGAAAGCAAUUGAAGCUGCCAGACCGAGUGUUGUUAUCCACACUGUUGGCGUGUAUCAUACAGACGGCAGAAGAUACGGCAAGGCAGGCCGAGAAGAGCUAUUUGGGAUCAACGUUAUUGGCACGAAGAAUGUAUUAGAAGCUGCAAGAGAGUUUGGAGUGAAAGGCUUCGUCUAUACGUCGUCUUGGGCGGUAGUGAUGGAUGAUUUGGAUUAUGAUCAUCCGAAUAUGGAUGAGGCGUCGCCGGUUGGACAUGCAAGUUUGCUAUAUGGGCAGUCAAAGGCCGCGGCUGAGGAAAUUGUUCUCAGCGCCAACACACCCCAAUUUCGCACCUGUGCCCUCCGCCCCGCCGUCAUCAUCGGCCCCGGCGACCCUGCCACCAUCCCCACUAUCCACUCAUGUAUCAGAAAAGGAGAGACCCCAUUCAUCAUCGGAAGUGGACAUAAUCUCACAGACUUCGUCUACAUUUCCAACAUUGCCGACGCACAUAUCCUCGCCGUUUCGAACCUUCUAACGACUGGCUCCGCUGCUGGGGAGGCCUUCUUCAUCACGAAUGGCGAGCCGUUGUCUUUCAGAGACUUCUGUGUCGCGGUUUGGGCGGAGUUCGGACACGUGCCGUGGCUCGAGAUUAGGAUCCCAGAGUCGCUGGCGUGGGGAUUGGGGUGGGCCGCGGAGUGUGUCACGUGGUUUACUGGGCAGCCGGCGACGUUGAGCAGAGGGGCCGUGAAGGAUGCGUGUCUGUCGCGGUAUGCGAAUAUUGACAAGGCCAGGCGGGUGUUGGGAUAUGAACCUAAGGUGGGGUUGGCGGAGGGGACGAAGUUGGCGUGCCAGGAGUACAAGAAUCGAAUCUCACACAAGCGAUAA